AUGCCCCUAUUCGCCCAGAUACAGGGAACAAUGCCAUGCCGUAAUCCAGACAAAAUUAGUCUGGGUCUCCGCAUAAGCCACAGACCACUGCGACCAAGUGCAGUCUGGAUUCUUGCAAAAGCGCUAGGACGGAGCCGCCAAGACCAAAGCUGUUUAGUUCUGUCAAAACUGGACGGGGCCCAAGGGGUCGGGAGUGGGUUCUGCACUAGGAGGUGGAGGAACUGGGAGACGAUGCGAGUUCAUGGUUCACUACGGUUUAUCAAGAGAUCAUUGACUGCUCUUUUGACGAAAAUAUUAUAUUAA